AGCCAGAUUCCCUGUACGGAUAGACAACCGAGAUAUCUGACAUUAGAGGAGGGUUAGUGUUAGUGACUUUGCACCGACCAGUCAGUAUUCUUAAUAAUUGAUAACCCUCCAGGAUACUUCCGUGACACCGAGUUGCCAUUUUGUUUGGAACAACUCAACAAAAGUGUUGUCUAACGCUUUAAAACCCCAGGUAUCGUUAGCUAACGUUACACAUGAUAGGAGACACAAUGGGAUGUGUUUUUUUUGCAUGAAAGAAAUGUUUCUGGCGCCUUUCUCUGCAAAAAAGCAAAGUGGAACAACUCUAGUUAGUGUUUUGACCAAUCAGUUUUAGAGCCUCGGGCAGAGAGGUAUAAAUUUGAGGCAGUUGCCGUACAGACGUCUGCCGCUGAACGCAAGAGCCCGUGAUAUCUCGUAAGCGCUGGAAAAUCUUUACUCCUUGUUUAGGAAAACGUGUGAUGAAAACUAAGUUGCUGCAAACCAUCAGACUGUUUCCCCCUUAUGGCCUUUGGACAACACAAUGUCUAAUGUGAAAGCCUUUCCCGCUGUGAGUGGAAAUCCCCCUCCGCCAGAGGUCAUAAAUCCAAAGAGCCAUGGACGUGUAACCAAUCAGCUACAGUACCUGGAGAAGGUGGUGAUCAAAGCUUUAUGGGGCCAUAACUUUUCGUGGCCCUUUCGCCAGCCAGUUGAUGCAGUGGCACUGCGUCUCCCAGAUUAUUAUACAAUUAUCACAAAGCCUAUGGAUCUGAGCACUAUUAAGAAGCGUCUUCAGAACAAAUACUACUGGCAAGCACUUGAGUGUAUACAAGACUUCAAUGCCAUGUUCACCAACUGUUAUGUGUACAAUCGGCCUGGAGAUGACAUUGUUUUUAUGGCACAGACCCUGGAGAAGCUUUUUUUGCAGAAAGUGUCCCAAAUGCCCAAGGAAGAGUGCGAAGUUACAGCAAUCACUACAAAGGAAACAUUGAAAGGGAGAAAGACGAAUGCAGGUGCAAUAAAGCAGAGAUCCUUUGUGUCAGAAGUUGUUCUCCAGCAGACUGUGACAGUCAUUCCACCUGAUGUGCCUCAAUUCAUCCCACCCAUCCAGCUCUCUGCACAAAUUGAUGCAACAAUUAAAAAAGGUUUUAAGAGGAAAUCAGACCCCUCAACCUCCACCACCUCAGUCAUCAGCAGUAGUGAGGUAUCCCAUGCUGAGGAUCAUUCAGCACCUAGGACAUUAUUCUCCAGGAGAGGCAGUGGAAGGCCCAUCAAACCUCCAAAGAAAGACUUGCCUUCUUUUGAGGGCAAGAAGGUCAGACUGUCUGAGCAGCUCAGGUACUGUAGUGAUAUCCUGAAGGAGAUGCUGUCAAAGAGACACUAUGGAUAUGCAUGGCCCUUUUAUACCCCUGUUGACGCGGUGGCUUUAGGCUUGCACGACUACCAUGACAUCAUCAAGCAGCCUAUGGACCUGAGCACCAUCAGGAAAAAAAUGGAUCAACGUGAGUAUGCAAUUGCAAAGGAAUUUGCCGCUGAUGUCAGACUGAUGUUCUCCAACUGUUACAAAUACAAUCCACCUUCGCAUGAGGUUGUCUACAUGGCAAGAAAACUCCAGGAGGUUUUUGAGGCCCGUUAUUUGAAAGUUCCCCAAGAAGCGGAGGGUUUUUCUCUGCCUCAUCGGCGAGAUGACAAGGGAAUAGGAGACAGAGUUGCAAGUGUGUCAACCUCAGCAAGUUCUGAAAAUGAAAGCUCAUCAGAGGCACAGAGUUCAUCAGAAGAAGUGGCCAUGCAGCUGGCCAAUAUAGAGGAGCGGUUGAAAGCUGUCAGUGAUCAGCUGAAGAGACUAACCCAAGAGCCCCUGAUGAAGCCUAAGAAGAAAGACAGGUUGAAAAAGGAAAAAAGAGCCAAAGAAAAGGAUAUCGCUAGACUAAAGCAAAAAUCCUUGGAAUACAAAUCUAUUGUAGAAAAAAUGGCCAACCGGAAAAGUUCUACUUUGCAAGACAACAGACGCAAUAUUUAUGGAGUACCUCUAAAGUGUGAGGAUGGGGUCCCACCAAUACCAAUGACUUACCAGGAGAAAAAGCAGUUGAAAUUGGACAUCAACAAGCUGCCUGGUGACAAACUGGGAAAGUUGGUGAACAUCAUUCAUGCCAGGGAGUCCUGUCUGCGAGAUUCCACUCUCGAAGAGAUUGAGGUUGACUUUGAAAUGCUCAAGUCUUCCACACUGAGAGCCCUGCAGAGGUUUGUUGCAGCAUGUCUGAGGAAAUGCAACAAGAACGUUGGCAAAAAAAAGCUAGUAAAGCCAACAGUAGGAAUGCAGACUGGGAAAUCAAAAGAUACCGGUACAUCUCAGGUUGCCAGUAAAGAGCAGCAAUUGAUUAAGAAAAAAAAGCUAUUAGCUAAACUCAUGCCUGCUCCUGACCCCGGCUGCCCUUCACACCUCAGUGAAAGCAGCAGCUCAUCAUCCAGCGGCAGCUGUAGUAGUCUUUCUAGCACUUCUGAUAGCAGUGACUCUGAAUCAGUGCCAAAAACAAAGAAGCUGAAAAGUAAAGACUCUUGCCAAAAGGUUAAGACAAAGUCAAAGGUGACUCGUGCUGCCCAUGGCAAGCAGAUAUCGGAGACAAAAGAUUUGACAAAACCUUCAGUCAAGACUUGUCCGCCCCCUCUUGCUGUGCAGUCCUCGGUUGCAGAAACCAAAGGCUACCCAACACACCGAAAUGCAGACCAGACCUGUGACGAGCUGACUUUAUCACCUCCAGAUUUGUCUGCCCUUUUAUCCCCCAUGGCAUCUCCAGGAGUGUUGCUGGAUUGGGCAGCCACCAGAUUUGAGCAGGACCCAGUGCUGUCCCCUAUUAGAGACAGCCCACUGCAGUCCAAAGAUGAGACCAGGUCCAAUUGCAGAUGCCCUGAGGAUUUUCCUGAAAGUCAGCUGACUAAUGUGCCUUACACCACCCCAGCAAGUACAUUUGCUGAAGAGGAAAAAGCCCAAAUCCCCAAAAAGGAAAUUGUUCUGAAAAAUGCUGAGUCUUGGGCAAAGCUGGUGAGAUUGUCAGUCACUGCAGCUGCAGUUAAGUCCUCAAAGGAGAGCUUCCAGCAGUUCCGUAAGGCUGCCAUAGAAAAAGAAGAACGUGAAAAAGCACUGAAGAAGAAACUGAUGGAAGACACCAAGGAGAGGGAGGCUCCUGAAAAAAGCAGUUUACUAGGUAAAGCAGAAACAAAUUCACAACCUAUUGAGGAAGAUCUGGAUUCACCAGAGAGCAUUUGUACAGAAGCUAGCCUAGAUGCUCCUAAAGAUGUUGAGCAACAAAAGUCUCCGAUAGAAAGAGAACCUUUAACAACACAGUCCUGGGUGGAUAGGGAAAGAGAGAUGGCCCGCAAAAAGGAGCAAGAACGUCGCAGGAGAGAGGCUAUGUCUGGUAUUGACAUGACUAUGCAGCGGGACAUCAUGACUACAUUUGAGCUUAACCUGGACUAAAAAGAAACUGGGUUUACUUGAAAAUAUAGCCCUCUGUGCAAGACUUGUCUCGUCUCAGUAAAUAACUUGAGCUGUGGGUUUCUUUCUCUGGCCCAAAAGACAACUGCACAUCAAUCGUAUGUAUGUAGAAAAUAACAUGUUAAUUGUGGAGAACAAAUCAUAAAAAUGGAAUUGUGUCUUGCCCUUGUAUUUGAAAAGGUUGGUAAAUGUCUGCACUGAUGCACUGUUGAAUUUGAGAUGAUGGGGGUGACGCACUGGCAAAAUUCAAACCUGAAUCUAAUCUUUUAUGUGGGUUUUCACAUUUGGAUGAGUCCUCUUUCAGCUGACAAUUGUGUAUGGAAAGCUAAUUAAUGCAUCUAUACACUGUAGUUAAAAUUCCACCAUCUUGUUUGCUGAAAUGUGCAGCGUUGUUUAGUUCUUCUGUUAUGUUAUCCGAUUUGAUGAACCUUUACCACCGUGUUUCAGUUUAUCCUGACUCAAAUAUACUAAAUGUAGGCAAAAUGGUGUUUUUUUAUGUUUAUUACAUGCACACAUGACUUUUCUUUAGAAAACAUUCUUGCACAAAAGUAAAUUAACAUUUUGAACAAAGGUUGGUAGGUCCUUGUCAAAGUUUCCAAUGUGGAAUUGAUGUUAAUGAUCUCAGCCCAUUUUCUUACUUGAAAAUACCAUACACAUGUUAACGGUACACGCACUGCACUUUGUUGUUCAUACAGUUUUGGCUGUUCCAGAGUUGCUUUUGGAGACUAUCAACAUGUUCUGUAUGUUAGUUUGUACAUGAUAAUAAAUAAGAAUUUAUUUUUUAUUCAAAAUAAAGCUAUUUUCACCAAGCAA